AUGGGCGCUUUUCUAUGGGUUUUGUUAUGGAUGCUGCAAUUUUUUAAUGCUGCAUGUGCAAUUUGUACAAAAUCUUCGUGCCCUGUUGGCUAUGAUUGCGAUACGAAUACAGGCUUUUGCCGCCAAUUCCGACAGCCGGUAGCUACCCCAGCAGUAUCAAGUUGCCCGCUUUGCCUGCCUGGCUAUCAAUGCAAUCAAAGCACCGGCCGAUGUGAGGCAGCAUAUCACCAAGCUUCACCUUGUGAUGAAGUUGACUGCCCAUCUGGUUUUGAAUGUGAUACAAACACCGGAAUUUGCCGUCAAUUCCGGGCUCCGAGUUCUGUGCCAGCCUGUGCUGGUGUUGUCUGCAUGACCGGGUAUGAAUGUGAUCCAGCGACGAAAUCUUGUGUUCCGAUCGCGAGACAUCCAGUUCGCACGGAUCCUUGCUCAGGUGUUACGUGCCCAUUCGGAUCUCAAUGUGAUUCUAACACCGGUAGAUGUACGGUGUUUAGAACGCCAAACCAGGCCCCUGCGAUACCCAUUGAUAAAUGCGUAAAUGUUCAAUGCUCUGUCGGCCAUUAUUGCGAUACCAACACCGGAUAUUGUCGCCCUGUUAGACGCCCAGGAACUAAUGGGAAAUGCUCUGGACUCAGCUGCCCCGCCGGACAACAAUGUGACGUCAAGACGGGGCUUUGUCGAAUUUUCCGGGAACCUGCAGGCAGUGGGGCAAGUGUUGAUAAAUGUAGGGGAAUCUUGUGUGCUGCCGGAUACUAUUGUGAUGGGAAUACAGGAUUGUGUAGGGCUAGCAGACAACCCGGUGCUAGCGGAACUCGCCAACUUGAAGGUGAUAUUUCACUCUGCGCCACAGUUCGAUGCCCUGAUGGGUUAGCCUGCGACUCAAACACUGGUCAAUGCCGUUCUUUCAGAACUUCUCAAGAAAUGACAAUCCCUAUCCCGAUCCAAAUCUCCUCUACAAACCCAUCUGUUGGACGCAACGAGCCGGUCAUUGCGACCUCAAAAUGCGGCACUUGUGCCGAGGGGACGAGGUGUGACGAAAAUACCGGAAUUUGCCGCGGGUUUCGGACUCCGCUGAGAUUCGCAAAAUUGCUCGAAAGAUACGCGCUGCUGUGCCAAGAUGUGACGUGUGAACCGGGAUUCGUUUGUGUGAGUGGGGCCUGCGAGCCGGCGCAGGGCAAAACGGCAUGCGGAGGAACUGUUUGUGAUGACGAUGAGUACUGCGAGAAUGCUGUAUGCCAAAAGUUCAAGUCGGACGAGGAGACAACAACUGAGGCAACAACUACCUCCACAACUACCACGAGCACCACAGUUUCUACUACAACAAAAGAAACUAAUGCUACUGUAACUGAAAAGCCAAGAAAGGAGAAGCUGCCUGAAAGUCUUGGUCAGCCAAAGGAUGAUGCUUGUAGUAAAGUAAAAUGUGGAUAUGGAAUGAUUUGCGAUUCGGCAUCUGGGAAGUGUUUGACCUUGAGGGCGGUCAUCGAAUCUGAGCUUGUUUCUCUUCGACGCUCUGAAUCUGUAGUCGACCACUGUAGAAAUAUCGUUUGUUUCGAGGGGCUACAAUGCGACCCGAAAUCUGGAGAAUGUUUGGCCAUUCGACAAAUCGAGCCUGUGAAUUUGUGCUUGAUGAACCGAAUUCAAUGUACCCUCGAUUCGGAAUGUGAUGGCGCGACUGGAAAGUGUAUUCCACGGAAAAUAAAUGAUGGAUCAUUGUCGGGACCAAGAUCCUUCUCAAUCGCCAGGGAUCCUUGCAUUGCGAUGGUAUGUCCCACUCAUACGAGAUGUGACUCGGCCACCGGCCGUUGUGUUGUCAACGCUAUCGUACCGGCCUCUACGACGAUCCAAAAAGCAGUCUCAGGGAAUCAAAACCCCGUGGAUCUAUGCUGGAAUGUCAAUUGCCUAUCUGGGACUACUUGUGACGCAAAUUCUGGCAUUUGUCGAAAUCUUCGAAUUAUACAAAAAGACGAUCAGCCCGUAAAAUGCCAAGGGGUAACCUGUCCAGCAGGCCAAAAAUGUGACCUGACCAGUGGCAAUUGUGUGGUUUUCCGUUACGUGGAUCUAUGCGAAGGAAUUCAAUGCGAUAACGAUCACUAUUGUUUGCAAGGCAAUUGUGUAUUCCGAGACGUUGGCUGUGGGCCUGAGCCUUGCCCAAGUGGCACGAAGUGUGACGCGAAAUCCGGAACUUGUAAAAUCAGAGAGCUACCAACAACUGUUCUGCAGGGAGAAUUCUGCCAAAACGUGACUUGUACUGGGUCAAAAGGGUGCGACCCGAAGACCGGAGGUUGCAAAGAAGUGACUUGCCCGGCAAAUUCGCACUUUACCCAAUGCGGAUCACCAUGUCCAUUUACUUGUAAUCAUCUGGAUAAGUGCAAUGAGUCUUGUAUUCCGACAUGUCAAUGUGAUGAUGCCUACGUCCAGAUACGGAGGACAGACGUUCAAUGUGUUUUGGCAAGCAUAUGUCGAAGAACGAUAGAUCCUUGUGAAGAAGCAAAUGACUGUGAAUCUGGAGAUAUUUGCGUGGAUGGGAUGUGUCAACCUAAAACUUGUCCACCUAUUCGGAAAGCUCCAUUAAGCGCGGAAAUGACAAUUGCUUGCAAA